UUUUGAUUUAAACAUAACAACAAUUAAUAUUCUAUUUUGAAAAUAUUUUUUACUUUAAGUUACGGUAGUAAUUAGGUGUUAGAUAAGAACAAAGCGUCGUUUUAGAUAGUUUGCUUAGACUUAUAAUAUGAGUUACAAAGAGCGUUGUAGAACUUGCUUAGGCAGUGAAAAAGAAAUGCGACAUUUUCAUACAGUUUUAUCGAUAGCCGGGGAUGAUGUCCGCUUGUCUGACAUAUUACAGAAUUUUUAUAACUACACGAUCACAGAAGAUGAUUCGCUUCCCGAAAAUCUUUGUAUAAAUUGUAUUCAUCAAUUAACAGUAACAUAUUCUUUUAAAACGCUGAUUGAGUCAAGCGCGAAAACCCUUUCUGAAAAUUUGAACCUCGUCGAUUCUACCAGUGAUAACUAUGACGCUAGCUUUGAUUCCGACGACCACAAACCGAUUAAAAUAUUCCGUAAACCGUGUGAUAGGCGGCGAUUCAUCAAUAGAAUCCAAAGAGAGACGAAAGUCGAAACAGAGAAUAAAUUAUUGUUUUGUGUGGAAUGUAAGGCAGAAUUUCAUUCAAUAAAAUCACUGAAUGAACAUUGUGUGAACAAUCAUCCAGUAAAAUCUAUUGUAGGACGGGACUGUGACUAUUGCAAUGAAAAAUUCGAAGACUUCCGCUCCCUAGUUCUUCACAGGAAGUUACAUUUAAAACCAUUUAUAUGUGAAAAUUGCUGGGAAGGUUUCUAUAGCACUGAAGAUUUGAACCGUCAUUCUUGUCAACCAAAUAUUGAUAACAAGGAUAAAAAUAAAUCAGAGAGAAUUUUACGGCAGUGUGAUCAAUGUGGAAAGUCUUAUCCACCCGGUUACAUCCGAAUACACAUGCUAACACAUAGUAACGACAGAGCCUACAGCUGCAAGUUCUGCCCAAAAAAAUUUAAAGUACCUGGUAGUUUACAUUCACAUAUAUUAUGGAAUCAUAAAAGGACCCGAAAUCACAAGUGCGAAGUUUGCAAUGCCACUUUCAUAUCGUCAAGUUCACGUAGUUCACACAUUCGUAAAAAUCACUUGAAGGAGAAAAAAUAUGGUUGCGAGAACUGUGGAAAAAGAUUCUUCUCAAAAUCUGAAUUACAGAGACAUUCCUUGACGCACACCGGAGUCAAGAAUUUCCACUGCCAUAUGUGUAAUAAAUCAUAUCAAACUAGAUAUGGUUUAAAUGUACAUUUAAAAUCUCAUACACAAAUGUCUCUAAAUGUUUAAUACAUUUAUAAAAAAUAGACUGACCUACAAAUAAAAGUACAAAAAAACUUUUUAAAAUGAUCUCAUAUAUUUUAGUUUUAAGAUUGAUCUAAUGAGUAUUUCCUUUUAUUAGUAUCAUAAU